AUGGAAAUCUGUUUCUCGCCUUCGCAAACUACAAAAGUGACACCACCGGAAAAUACAACCAUAGACUCUUUCAUCUACAAGUUCAACGAUUCCACUAGGAAAUUCUCUCCUUAUCAAAACAUAAGUACAAAUGGAGGGCAAGACGUGGAAUAUUUCAAAAUUUCUGAUGAACAUUACCUUGCUGUUGCUAAUGGUUACAAUGGAGUUACCCACAGACUGAACUCUGUUAUUUAUCGUUGGAAUGGAAAAUUGUUUGUCGCUUUUCAAAACCUCACUACGAAGGGAGCAAAUGGCUUUAGUUUUUUCGUAAUAGACAAAGAACCAUUUCUUGCCGUAUCAAAUCGUUACGACGACGUUACAAAUAGUAUAAACUCUGUCAUCUACAGGUGGAAAAACAAAAGGUUUGAACUGUUUCAGGAGGUAGCAACAGACGGAAGCAGUAAGAGUGUCGCGUUUCUAAUUAAUAAUGAAAACUACAUCGCUUUUGCCAAUAACGUCAAAGAUUCAGUCGUUUACCAGUGGUCAGGGAAAAGCUUCUUCAAACUACAGACUCUUCCGAAAGCAAAUGAUUUAAAGUUCUUUAAUAUUAAUGAUAAUGCGUUUCUGACCAUCUCCUCUCCAAACAAGAACCCGUUAAUUUACCAGUGGAAUGGCACUCAGUUUCGGUUUUACCUGAUCUUUCUUAAUGCUGUAAGGUGGGGCUUGCAUCCAUUUGUGACUUGUGGCCAAAACUUUCUAGGUUUGGCUGAUCGGCACAAAAAGGCAAUGUCCCCGCUGUAUAUAUAUAUGUUCUCUCAUGGCCAGUUCACAAAAUUUCAAAAGAUUUCCACUUCUGGAGUGAUGGAUAUAACGUCAUUUGAACAUAAGGGUCAUACUUAUCUGGUUAUGGCUAAUUCAGGGAAUGAUAACCAAAAGAACACUGAAAGUGCGCUUUACAAGUGGACCAUGGAUUAA